AUGGCCAAAUUCAACCCCAGCAAACGCGCCAGCGACCUGCAGCAGCGCACCCGUACAGACAACAAGUUUGACGAGUUUGAAUCCAAGCUCCCCGACCCGAAAUCCGACAUCUUCAAGAUGACCACGGCCGUGGUCCCCUCCAUUCUCGGCUUCAGCAGUCUGGGGGGGCUGGUCAAGAAGAUUGGCGAUCUGAACCCCCUCGGGAAGAAUGUCACCCGGGACGACAUUGUCUGGGUCCUCGACAAUACGGCCUUUAUCAGGCCCAGCAAGGACGAGAAGCAUGGCAAGACUGGAAAGACUUGGGAGGCUGAGUUUGUCGUCGCCGUCUUCGAAGGUGACCCAAACUGCAACGUCGCCGACAUUGUGGCCUCCGUCGCCCAGACCAUCGGGCUGGCCGACGACGCGGCCGAGCGCGAGACCAUACACGAGAGAAUCCUCCCCUUCCUAUGGGAUGUGCGCAUGGUGCGCACCGUCAGGGUGUCGACAAACGGCGGGCAGAGCAAGCUGACCCCUACCAACGUCAACGGCAUCUCGUCCCAGGUUCUCAAGGUGCCCGGUGCCGAAGGCGGUUCCCUCAUCGACACCAAGGCUGUCGUCCCUGCUGGGACGGGUGGUAUCCGUGAUGCCAAGACAUUCUAUGCCGGCUCCGGGGGAUGGGCCAUCAUAUCUGGUAACCCUCUUCUUUCUUUUUCUUUUCUUUUUCUCCUGCCCCUCCUCCCCCCCUCCCGCUUCUCUUUUCUGUUACCGAGCUGCCUUACUGACAAGAGGAGGUUAAAAAAAAAAACAGAUAUCGAUGACACCGUCAAGAUAACACAGACAGGUGACCCUCUAGGUAUCGUCACUGAAACGUUUGCCAACGAGCCGCGUCCCGUCCCGGGAAUGCCGGAGCUGUAUGCCGAGGUCAAGUACAUGCUCCCUGCCGACACCCCGUGGUUCUACCUAUCCGCCUCGCCGUACAACCUGUACCCUUUCCUCAAGGAUUUCCGCGACCGCUACCUGCCUCCGGGGACGCUGGUCCUGCGCGACUUCAGCUGGAAGACGGUCUCGGGUCUGCUGUCGGCCCUGACCCAGGGUACCGAGGAGUACAAGACAGACAGGAUGGCCAAGAUCAACAGGUGGUUUCCCGGUCGCAAGCUCAUCGUCGUCGGGGACUCUACGCAGUCCGACCCCGAGGCGUACGGGGAGGUCUACCGCACCAUCCCCGGCUGGAUCAAGCUCAUCCUCAUCAGGAAGGUCGAGGACAUUGCCGCCGUGGGAACCGAGGAGAAGAACAGGCCUGAGCGAUUUGAGGACGCCUUCAGGGAUGUUCCACGGGAGGCCUGGCACACAUUUACCGAUCCGGCCGAGUGCAAGGCCAUCAUUGAGAGCGCCGUGUCCAGGAACCAGUGA